AUGCAGAAGCAACAAGACUACUAUGCGCUUCUUGGUGUUCCAAGAACAGUGUCCAAGGAUGGUAUUCGCGAAGCAUACAAGGUGAAAGCACUAGAGUUGCACCCUGACAAGAACCCAGAUGGGGAGGCGGUGUUUAAACUUGUGGUAAACGCAUAUCAUAUAUUGCGAUCGCCGACGAAGCGGAGGAAGUACGAUCAAGAAAUGGCCAUACACGACCGUCGGAAACAGGCAUCUCCUCCAACAAGGCGUAAUGUCCCGAGGCCUGCUCCCCGCAACAAUGCGAGCCCAAUGAGUCCGAACCCUGCGCCUACACCAUCGUUCGGCGAUGGAGGCUCUAGAAGGCCUACCGAUGACAAGCUGUUCGAGGACGUCUAUAAGCAGUAUCAGAAGGGAACAUACGGCGGCUCUGUGCCCGCGGGCAAGGAUGCCAAAGAUGGCUUCCGUGGAGGAGGUGGAAAUCAAGUGAGUUUUGCAGAGUGGUUUAAGAGGAAGCAAGAAGAGCUUAGACAAGCAGAAGAAGUUUUUAAGGCAAAGUUGAGCUAUGCGAGAAAACUAGAGGUUGAAGAAAAACAACGGGCUGAAGAAUGGCGCAUAUUACAGCAGCGACGUGAACGAGAACGGGAAGAGGAGCUCGAACGUGCACGCGCUCAGCGAGAGUGGGAAGGAGAGUUGCUUCGCCGAGAGAAGGAAAAUGCCAUGAAAAUGCGAAAAGCUGAGGAAGAACGGCAGAAGAUGGCUGCAUACUCAGAGGUACAGAGAAAACAACAGGAAGAUCUCGAUACACACCUCCGAGAGCUCGCCCAGAAGAAGAAAGAGCUAGAUGAGGAACGGCGCCGUUUGGCAACAGAACGAGAGUUGGCUCAACAAGAAUCUACAGAGCAGCAGUGCUCACGGCGCGAACGUCAACGACAGCGGGAGAAAGAGAUUGCUUUAGAGGUCCAAAGGGCGGAAGCGAAGGUGGAAGAGGCUCUCGCUCAUCAGGCGGACUACGCCGCGUACGAAAAGGACCGGGAGGAACAGCGUAAACGUGAGGAACAGGCCCGUGCACGUGAGGAAGAAGCCCGACGACAGACAAACCUGUACGAGGAAGAAACACGUCGUCAGGCCACCGCGGAACAAGAGGAGGCACGACGCAAAGCAUCGGAGGAACUUGAUGGGAAACGGAGAGCUGUUCUGGAACAGAUUUUGAUCGAGCGCCAACAGCAUCUUGAUGAAGUUGAAGCUAUGCGGCGCGAGACGGAUCGCAUUGAGGCUGAGAUGCAAGCGAAGCUUGAUGCGUUGAGGGAGGCAAAGCGGUCUGGACAGCCGAUCAACCUUGACGAUUGGAAAUUGUAG